CCAACUCCUGGUUAAACGACCCGCUGAAGAAGGAACACUCACGGGAUAAUCCUAUCUUCCAGUCCCACUCGAACUUGAACUUGCUACUUUUAUAGAUCUGGUUUUCAGUGCAAUAUUUAUAACAAUAUACUAUUGAAGAUUGAAACCAUAAAUCUCCAAUGCUUUCCCGCAACGAGCGGUGCAAACUAUCCUCUGAUUUGGCGCGAUAUUUUGAGCGCCUCACGAAGUCGCUUCCAGAGGAAAUGACAUCUCUUCACUCAAGCAGAUUGGUCGUACUUUUCCUCGGCACAGUAGGAGCCGACAUCCUUUCUGAGUGCAACACAUUGCCUGCAUCAGACCUAACUGCAUGGGUUUACUCGCAUCAAAUCACUGUGAAUUCUGGUAUUAUGCUCAAUGUGUGUAGUUUAUCGCUUCAUAUAGAUGCCAAAGAUAAGACGUUCGGAGGAUUCAGGAGUUUAUUAUACACGAAAAAUGCAACAUGCUGUGAUUCGGCCAAAUCUUACGAUGCAAGUCAUAUCACUAUGGUCUAUACGGCACUUUCUACCUUGCUAACCCUGAACGAUGGACUACAAGGCGUUGAUCGUUCACACAUACUACCAGGCAUCUCCGCUCUCCAAUGCUCAGAUGAACCGGGGCUUUUUAAAGCGGGUUUUGUAUGCCACGAACGUGAUAUGCGCUUCGUAUUCUCCGCCGUUGCCAGUUGUUACAUCCUAGAUGGACUUUAUGCCCUUGACAAGGAAGCCAUCGUUGGCUUCAUCGGGCGUUCCUUGACUCACGAUGGUGGCUUCGGUUGCCUACCUGGGUUAGAAGCCCACGCUGGGGCGACUUAUUGUGCAGUAGCGAGCUUGGCUCUCCUUGAUCGGUUGGACUCAUUUCUUCCUCCAGGCUCACGACCACGUGAUCGUCUCAUCAAGUGGCUCUUAUCCCUGCAAUCCGAAGGUUUACAUGGGCGCUUGCACAAACCGGAUGACACUUGCUACACGUUCUGGGUUUGUGCCAGUUUGAAGUUGUUACGCUGUGAAGACCUGAUUAAUCGGGAUGCCGUGAUCCUCUUCGUUGCUCGUUCUUGGGAUCCUCACUCCGGGGGAAUCCGAAAAUAUCCAGAUCCGUCCUAUCCUCCAGAUCCUCUCCACACUUUUCUUGCCCUCUCUGGUCUGGCUUGUCUAAAGUCUGUGGAUACCGUGCACACAACACAGCAGGAUAAUACUUUCACUCCCAACGGUGCAUCUGACGACCCCCUGUCCAAAGCUACAGCGGCAUUCCACUGGCUUCUCGAAAAUGUCCUGCAACCAGUUCAUCCAGCACUGAACAUUUCUCAGCGUGCAUUCGAGCGACUACGGGAACUGCACCUUUCUUGGAAAAGAUCGCCAUCGACUCACUCGGUCCUUUGAAUUUAAUCUUGAUCUGUGAUUUCUGUUGUGCCACCUUUUGUAACAACUUGACGUCUUUUAGACAACAAUACAUUUGCUUUUCCCAGAUAUCGAGUUUUCAUUUACCCAAUGCUGUUCUUACCAUCUGUCUUCCUCCCAGUCCGGACGUGGCCCCGUGGAAAUGUACACCAUGUGGCUGUUCUCAUACUGCAUGCAUAAUGAUAGGAAGGAGUCUCUGUUUCCCUUCCCUUGAUACUCUAUAUUAUUGUCAAUGGGUAACUCAUCGAUUUAGACUUUGACCAGUCGCCG